UAUAGCGAUUAUCUGGAUGAGCAGGGGCAAACUCUUGAGUAUGACUCUUACAUGGUGCCGGAAACUGAGUUACAAGCUGGCGAUCUAAGACUGCUGGAGGUCGACAACCGAGUUCUACUGCCGCUGGAUAGCCAUGUUCGUUUUAUCGUGACCGCUAGGGACGUCAUUCAUUCCUUUGCUGUACCUUCGCUCGGAAUCAAGCUUGAUUGUGUGCCCGGAAGGUUGAACCAGUUCUCUGUGCUUAUUAAUCGUGAGGGGGCUAUAUGCUGGGACGCCCUGGAAGCUGUACUACUCUAUUCCUGGUCCGGACCCUGCCAAGGGUGUCAGGCCAGGACCAGGGCAAAAAAGUAUAGCAACGGGCAAUUAGCAGGAAAUUCUCGUUCUGGACCCCAAGUCAGUGCAAAGAACAGAGGUAAUAUAAAGGUAAGCCCUGAGCAGCAUGAGGUAAUAGUCGGGAGUUUGUUAGGCGAUAUGAGUGCAACCAGACCCCCGGGGCCUAAACGUAACACUAGGCUAUCCAUCGGUCAGGCUAACCUCCCUUAUCUUCUUAGCUUAGCAGACCUCCUCGCUAGUCUCAUUCGUCAACAAAACCUAACCCCUGACAAUAAAUUGGACCGAACCACAGGAAUACAGUAUUAUGGUUACAAGCUCUGUACUAUGUCUCUGCCUUGUCUUAACAUCUACCGCGAAUGGUUUUAUCCGGAAGGGGUAAAGAUUGUUCCAAAUGACAUACCGGACCAUCUUACUCCUCUAGGUUUAGCUCAUUGGUUUAUGCAGGAUGGAUCCAAAACGACCGACAAUGGG